CAGAGUGGAAGUGCUGACGUCAUGAAAACAUCUUUGUCUGCUAGAAAAGUGGAAAAGCAACAGAUCCGAGUGUCUUAUGUGCUCGAAUAAAACCUGACUGACUCUCAGGAUAAGUCGCGCUGAAGGGGAUGCUGGGUGUGUCGGAAAUGACGGGCAGCAACAUGGCCAAUGCCCUGGCAAAUGCCUCGUGUGAGCGGUGUAAAAGCGGCUUUGCCCCGGCUGAGAAGAUCGUCAAUAGCAACGGCGAGCUGUAUCACGAGCAGUGCUUCGUCUGUGCCCAGUGUUUCCAGCAGUUUCCCGAAGGACUCUUUUACGAGUUUGAGGGGAGGAAAUACUGCGAGCAUGAUUUCCAGAUGUUGUUUGCUCCCUGCUGUCACCAGUGCGGAGAGUUUAUAAUUGGCCGUGUGAUUAAGGCCAUGAAUAACAGCUGGCACCCUGACUGUUUCUGCUGUAAUAUCUGUCAGGCGGUGCUUGCCGAUGUGGGAUUCGUCAAGAAUGCUGGCCGUCACCUGUGCCGUCCGUGUCAUAACCGCGAGAAGGCUCGCGGUCUCGGGAAGUACGUCUGUCAGAAGUGUCACGCCAUCAUCGAGGAGCAGCCGCUCAUUUUCAAAAAUGACCCUUACCAUCCGGACCACUUCAACUGCAGUAACUGCGGGAAGGAGCUGACUGCUGAUGCUCGAGAGCUGAAAGGUGAACUGUACUGCCUCCCCUGCCAUGAUAAGAUGGGUGUGCCAAUCUGUGGCGCAUGCAGGCGUCCUAUCGAAGGCCGUGUGGUUAAUGCCAUGGGCAAACAGUGGCACGUUGAGCAUUUUGUCUGUGCUAAAUGUGAGAAGCCCUUCCUGGGACACCGUCAUUAUGAGAGGAAAGGUCUGGCGUACUGCGAGACUCACUACAACCAGCUCUUUGGUGAUGUUUGCUACCAUUGCAACCGUGUGAUCGAAGGAGAUGUGGUGUCGGCUCUGAAUAAAGCUUGGUGUGUGAAUUGUUUCUCCUGUUCCACGUGUAACACCAAGCUCACCCUUAAGGACAGAUUUGUGGAGGUGGACCUGAAGCCGGUGUGUAAACACUGUUAUGAACGGCUGCCGGAAGACUUGAAGCGUCGCUUGGCGAAACGUGAACGUGACUCUCGCGAACGGCGAAAGAAAGCCACCGCCGUCUGUCUGUAACCUUUGUCUAUUUCUCUCUUUUCCUGUUCAUGCUCAUCUGCUUCACUCGUUCAUUGUUAUUGGUUAGUGCCUUCAACCUCAUUGUUUUUUUCUUUCUUUUCUCUCAUUUCGUUUCUUUCUAUUUGCUCCAAUGUUUUCCCAGGUUAGAUUGUCAUUUCCUUUGGAAAUUGUUUGUUGGUUCCGCAUGGUGGUCGUGAUCGUCACAUAGUUGAUGUCAUUAACUACGUUUCCAUCCAAGGGUUUUUUUGCGACAAAAGGUGUAGGGCAUCAAAAAGUUUACCGAUAUACCUGAUGGAAACGCAAAUUAUCGCUAAAAUGUUGACAUAAUAUUUUUCCGUUUAACUCUAGCGCAUAAACUCUGUUGAUACUUCAAAUGUCAAAAACUGGUUUGGAAACACUUUUUGUUGAGAAAAUUGGCAUUAAUGCAAAAAUGUAGUGUCACACGACAGAAUUUACCCCAAUCGUUAGCCUGUGUUAAUCAUGACGACAAGGUAUACGUCCUUGAAAGCCAAUUUAUUGUACGUGAUUAUUGAUUGAUCUUAACGGCAUACCUGCACAGAUCCGAUGCUGCAAACAGAUCUGCGUCAUGACACUUCCAGGAGUGCCAGCACAAAUAUUUCGUAUCAUGCACCGGUCAUCGACAAGUGCAAGGAGAACAAAUGAAUGGCCACUGUUUGCGAUUAAUUUAAUCGCGGUAGACAUCCGUUUAUUUAUUAAAGUUGCUUUUCCACACCAUUCAAAAUAAUAGACGGCAGUCAUGGAAUAAGCCCACAAUACAAAAAAACAUAAUAUCUGUGCACAAAGAUGUUUUAAAUUAAAAAUAACAAGAUUUUGAACAUUAUAAAACAUUUAAAUAUUUUAAAUCUAACCCUCUUUACCUCGGAUUGCAUUUGCUGAGCUUCUUCAGAAAAUGUAAAUUGCAUUAUGACGCUAAAAUUAAUUUUAGAUGAUAAUCAAGUUCAGUUGGUCGUUAAAAGUUGCUGGACAAAUAUAUGGGACAUAAUGCAGUUGUGAUGGCGAUGCUUUAGAUUAGAUGAUUGUUCAAAAUAGCAUAUUGAAUAUCAGGAAUGUAUCAUAUGUAAACCCUGAUAUUACACUGCAUCAGUGUUUCUUUAAUAGCUGUGCACACAUCAUAUACACAUCGAUGGAAGGUCCUUAUACUAAGACUGAAAGUUUCCCCCACUACUUGGUGCAGUUUGCCAGCUUGAACAGGGCCAUGACGAUUCGCUUUCGGGUCGGAACCGGUGGCAACCUGCGAUAGGUGCAACAUCAGGACCAAUAUUACAGUCCUAUCAGAAGAACAACUGUUCCUUUUGAUUGCAAUUCCUCAUCUUCUGAUUGCAUUUAUUUGUGAAAUUAAAAUGACAGUAAGCUGUCUAAUUUCAAUGAAUUGUCUCAAUACUCUCCCCAUUUUACAAAGACUUUGGGGGGUAAUUAGGGACAUCUGAGAGGCGAAAGGUACACAAAUUAGCAAUAAACACAUUUCUGUAUGGAAACGGCUUAAGGGCAGAUUUAUUUUGUGAUAAACCAAAACUUAUGCGACAGUGUUUUUUUUUUUUUUAAGCAUGACGUCAUCACGGACACCAUUUUUUUUACGCAUUUUCACGUUGUCGGUUACAAAACAGCACGAAAAGUGGAUGGAAACUAGGUUACUGAUAUUUUUUUCCAUAUUGUUGCAACUCCUGACUCCAUUACACCCAUCUAAAAAAGUAGGCUAUUUAUUAAAAAACUGUAAGCGCUUAAAGGAAUAGUUCACCCAAAAAUGAUAAUUCUCUCAUUUACUUUUGCCAUCUCAAACUUGUAUGACUUUCGUUCUUCUGCGGAACACAAAUAUAAAAACAUAUUUUAAAGAUAUUUUGAUGGAGAUAUGAGGUGUUUUUGUCCACACAAUGGGGUCUAAACACUUUCAAUCUCCAAAAAGCACAAAGGCAUCACAAAGGUAAUCCAUACGAUUCCAGUGGUUUAAUCCAUGUCUUCUGAAGCGUGUUCAGCACUCUGCACAUUUGUCAAGCGUGAGUUCAAAUCAUGAUCAUUCCAAUGAGACUGUAGAUAUAAAGAUGUAUAGUGAAAAGAGUUCUAUUUUGAUCUGUUUCUCACACAAAACUGAUCGUAUUGUGUAGACAAACUUUGUUUGAAAAAAGCCUUGUCAAAGUUUAAAAAGAGUUUAAAAGCUUGGAGUUUUAUAGAUCGAUACAGUAGAUGGAGAUAGAUAGAUAGCAUGUUUUAGCAUAUAGCUAGGUGUUUCUGCCAUGAAGCUAGGCAUUGCUUGCAUGUUUUAGCAUGUACAGUAGCUAGGCACUGCUAGCAUAUUGCUAGCAUGUUUUAGCAUGUUGCUAGGUGUUGCUGGCAUGUUGCAAGCAUGUUUUAGCGUAUAGCUAGGCAUUGCUAGCAUGUUUAAACAUGAAGCUAGGUGUUGCUAACAUGUUGUUAGGCAUUGUUAGUGUGUUUUAGAAUGUAGCUAGGCACUGUUCGCAUAUUGCUAGCAUGUUUUAGCAUGUAGCUAGACAUUGCCUGCAUGUUUCAAGCAUGUCUAGCAUGAAGCUAGGUGUUGUUAGCAUGUUUUAACAUGAAGCUAG